AUGACGCCUGGUGUUGUGGAGGCCUUCCGGGGUGGGAAGGCACUCGACUCUCGCAGACGGAUCGAUCGGGAGAAGAAGAUGGGCACAAGGCAGAACCCUAGCAGAUCCGGCCUUUUCGAGAUUGGUGAUGAUGAAGGGGGGGGGAAUUGGAGGUUUGUGGCUGCAGGGACGAAUCGGAGUCACGUGAGGACACCUCACUGUUGA